UUGCGGCGCGGUCACGAGAAAGAAUCGAGCACACCUGCUCAGAAGCUGGCCUUGCCGCGCGGCAUGUGAUCAUCCGGGUACUUGUGGGUAUACCACAUAACUGAAACCGAAGUCUCCCAUUAGCUGCCUUUAAUCUCCCAGUUUAGACGAUAUUUUCGGGGUUUUCGCUUAAAAACGGAGUUUGUCAGAGAUUGUAUCGAGAAAACAUCGAAAUCGAUGGUGGAACAUUUAAAAAUGACCGCAGAUAACGCGUAAGCAGAGCGUUGCUGCUAAUUGAGAGAAGAGUUGCAGCCCCUUUCUGCGUCAGCUGCGGUUUCCACCGUUCUACACAUGCAUUCAUUGCUGGUCAGCAGACCCAACGCUGUGGAUAAAUUCAUGGAGCUUGGUUAAGGUCCGACAAACCUUUAUCGCCAUCCAGGAACGGAGAGCAGCUUUAAAGCUACUUCGGCCUCGGAUGUGUAUUUGUGACUUUGUUUUUGCCACAGAACAACGUUAGAGGGCGUCGUUUGUUGUUUGUGGGAACUCCUUAAUACCUUUUUCACCCCACUAGUGGUAAAAUAAAAAAAUAAGGGAGGCGACAUGGUGGUCAAUACCAUCCACUGGUUCAGGAAGGGACUACGGCUGCAUGACAACCCGUCUCUGAAAGACUCUAUCCAGGGAUCGGACACCCUUCGUUGUAUUUAUAUCCUAGACCCCUGGUUCGCUGGAUCCUCCAAUGUGGGCAUCAACAGGUGGAGGUUUUUGCUGCAUUGUUUAGAAGACUUGGAUGCCAGCCUGCGCAAACUCAACUCCCGCUUGUUUGUCAUUAGAGGCCAGCCUACAGAUGUCUUCCCUCGUCUGUUUAAGGAAUGGCAGAUAAACCGUUUAUCUUAUGAAUAUGACUCUGAGCCUUUUGGCAAGGAACGUGACGCUGCCAUCCAAAAACUAGCCAAUGAGGCUGGGGUGGAGGUCACGGUGCGGAUUUCACACACCCUCUACAAUCUGGACAAGAUUAUAGAACUUAAUGGCAAUCAGCCUCCACUCACCUACAAACGCUUCCAGGCUGUAAUAAAUCGAAUGGAUGCCGUCGAGAUGCCAGUGGAGACGAUCACAUCUGAGGUUCUUAAAAACUGUGUCACACCAAUCAGUGAAGACCAUGAUGAAAAGUUUGGGGUGCCCUCCCUUGAAGAGCUUGGUUUUGAGACAGAGGGUUUAACCACAGCAGUGUGGCCUGGAGGAGAAACUGAAGCCCUCAUGAGGCUAGAGCGGCAUCUCGAGCGGAAGGCCUGGGUUGCAAACUUUGAGCGUCCACGUAUGAACGCUAACUCUCUGCUGGCCAGUCCAACAGGCCUCAGCCCCUACCUGCGCUUUGGAUGUCUCUCAUGCCGGCUCUUCUACUUCAAACUUACUGAUCUCUACAGAAAAGUCAAGAAGAACCACACACCACCACUGUCCUUAUACGGCCAGCUGCUGUGGAGAGAGUUCUUCUAUACAACUGCCACCAACAACCCCUGCUUUGACAAGAUGGAUGGCAACCCCAUUUGUGUCCAAAUACCCUGGGACCGAAACCCAGAGGCACUGGCCAAGUGGGCAGAAGGACGAACGGGCUUUCCUUGGAUAGAUGCUAUUAUGACCCAGCUGAGGCAGGAGGGGUGGAUCCAUCAUUUGGCAAGGCACGGUGUUGCUUGUUUCCUCACCAGGGGAGACCUCUGGAUCAGCUGGGAAGAAGGCAUGAAGGUUUUUGAAGAGUUGCUUCUGGAUGCAGACUGGAGUGUAAAUGCUGGCAGCUGGAUGUGGCUUUCUUGCAGUUCAUUUUUCCAGCAGUUUUUUCAUUGCUACUGCCCCGUGGGAUUUGGACGACGCACCGACCCAAAUGGCGACUAU